GACAACUUCAAGAUUUUUAAAUGUCAGUUAGUUCGUUAGUGUAGACUUGUGCCUGUUGUGCUUGAAACUCAGUUUUAGUUAAUAAUAUUGUGUUAUAAAUAUCACAACCUAAUUAGUUAACUCACAUAAAGUCUAUCUAACGUAAGCGAGUGCUUUUUAUUAUAACGCAAAGAUGCCUCGAACGAAAGUUGUUAAAAAGGAGCGGAAUGAAGAAGCCGGACGAAUUAAGGAAUUGGUGUCAAAAACAGGUCCGAUGGGGAAAAUGCUAAAGAGCAUCCCUUCCACAUUUAAACAACAGAUAGAGAAUUUCAAGAUGCAGUUUAAGGCCGAUUUGAAGAAAACGAAGCUUUCUAUUCCCAGAAAUCUUGCUAAUAAGACUAUGGGGGAGUUGAUGGAACGGCCUCCUGGCUGGUCUGGGGAUAGCACCGUCGGUGGUUCUGUUACUCAGUUAAUGGAUGCAACACGAACAAUGACAGUGACGAAAAGUAAACUUACCAAAAGUAAUUCUUUUGGUGAUGAUGAAGGGUACCUUACAGCUGAAAGUAGUAAAAGUACUUCAGGUGGUAGGCAGUCAAGAACAAAAAAUAGAGUACCAAAAACGACUCGCAUCUCAAGAUCUCAAUCACUUCGCACUAAAAACGUAACAGAGGUGUAUAAAACCCCAGCACAGAGAGUUCCUGCCAACAGCUAUGGCACAGUAACACCAAAGGUAAAACCCAACACACCGCAAGUACUUUUGCGCCGACCCAAGCAAGGAGAAGUCGCCCUAUCGCUCCAAGGAAGUCCUCUGCUUACAGGAAAUGUAGUGACUGACAAUGUGGCCAACAUCAACAUUCCCCUUGAGGAUGGCCGUCUUUUCUCGAUUCAGCCCCAGAGAGGUUUACGCGUCUCUCAAAUCCCAGAACUUGAUCUUGAAACCAAACGACAGUUGGAGACUUUGAGGGAUAAUUUGAAUAAAGUCUGCUCUUUAGCAACUACACGAUAGGAUAUUAAGUGUGUGUGUAUUAUUUUUAAUUAUCGAAUUCAUUCAUACAUGUAUUACGUAACCGUUGUUCAAAAUAAAUUGACUUUUACUGUAAA